CAAAAAAGUGCUGAGUGGCAGUCAGCUGAAGAGCUGCAUGUGAAUAUAACUGACAGGAGUUGGACAUCAGCAGGCUUUACGUGUUUUGGACGAAAUGGCUACAGAAGCCAGCAUCUCCUCUGAUGAGCGCAGGGUGAAGAGAGGCUAUGAACAAAUGGUGUUCGUCAACCGAAGCGUGAAGCUGGAAAACAUCAAAUGCUAUGGAUUUGACAUGGACUACACGAUGGCGAUGUAUAAGUCUCCAGAUUAUGAGAGCCUGGGCUUCGAGAUGAUAAGAGACAGGAUGGUGUCUGUUGGAUACCCUCAUGAGCUUAUACGCUACACAUACGACCCCAGCUUCCCCACACGCGGUUUAGUGAUCGACACCACAUACGGGAACCUCCUGAAGGUGGAUUCAAACGGGAAUAUUUUAGUCUGCAGUCAUGGCUUCUACUUCCUCAAAGGACAAGAGAUUAAUAACUACUAUCCCAACAAGUUCAUUCAGAGAGGAGACACUGACCGUUUCUACAUCCUGAACACUCUCUUCAACCUUUCAGAGACUUACCUCUACACCUGCCUCGUGGACUUCUUCGCCAGGGCCACCAGAUACAAAAACCUCCAGAAGGGUUUCCAGCAUGGAGACUUGUUUAUGUCCUACAGAAGCAUGUUCCAGGAUGUCCGAGAUGCCAUGGACUUCAUUCACGACACGGGAGCCCUGAAGGGACAAACCAUCAAGAAUGUGGAUAAAUACGUCAUUAAAGAUCCAAAUCUCCCUGUUCUCUUGAACCGGCUCAAAGAUGUGGCCAAGGUUUUCCUCGCCACUAACAGUGACUACGGCUACACUGAGGCCAUUAUGAAGUACCUGCUUGAAAGUACUGCUAAGUCCUCAAGUCCAAAAAAGUGCUGGCGCACCUUCUUCGACCUCAUCGUUGUGGACACCAGGAAGCCGCUGUUCUUUGCAGAGGGGACUGUGCUGAGACAAGUGGACACGGACACAGGAAAGCUUCGGAUUGGGACGUACACAGGAGACCUCGCACAUGGAACUGUUUACUCCGGAGGAUCUUCAGACAUCAUCUGUGAUCUGCUGGACGUCAAAGGGAAAGACAUCCUCUAUGUCGGCGACCACAUCUUUGGCGACAUCCUCAAAUCUAAGAAGCGUCAGGGCUGGAAGACUUUCCUGGUCGUACCGGAGCUCACUAAAGAGCUGCAAGUGUGGGAGGAUAAGAAGAGUUUAUUUGAUGAGCUGAAAUGUCUUGACAUCUUCUUAGCUGACCUUCACAAGAACCUAGACAGCGGCAGCCGAGAGUGUCCCGACAUCGGCAACAUCCAGACGAGGAUGAAGGUGCUGACCUUCAGGAUGGACAUGUCCUACGGACAGAUGGGCAGCCUCCUGCGCAGCGGCUCCAGACAGACGCUGUUUGCCAGCCAGCUGAUGCGUUACGCAGAUCUAUACUCCUCCAACUGCUUGAACCUGCUGCACUACCCCUUUAAUUACCUCUUCAUGGCUCCCCCAGUUCUGAUGCCCCAUGAAGCCGUGUCUCAACACGCGGCUGACCUCGCUGCAGCAGAGCUCGCUCCUGCCAACCAUGUUGUGAACAAGAACAAAAUCUAAGUGCUGAAGACAGCUGGCCAAGAUGUUUCAGCAGAAGAACAUGAAGAUGCUCCAGAGGAAUCUUCUACAUGGACACUGCUGAUGCAUUAAGGGUUUGUUGCUGCCAUGAUGUGCCUCCGUUAUAAAUUAAAACAUUUAUUGCUCCACCUAGUGGACAUGAAGAGCUAUACCAUGCAACAAGAAAGCAGACUCAGGGUUACUGUAUAUACGAGUGUGAAUCUGUUACAUGUAGUGGUGCAUGUGCACUUUUAACUUGUGUAAUGGUUUUUGAGAAGUGACUUUAUUUAUUUGUUGUUUGUGCAAUCUCUGAACCACUGAAUCGUUUCAAUAAAUCAUUCAUAUUAUUUUU